UAGAACCCUUCGGUUGCGCGCGAAAGUCGGAUUUCUGCGUUGCCAUGCUCCAACCCGCUCGGAUUAUACUAUUGAAGGAGGGGACUGAUACUUCUCAGGGAGUUCCGCAAAUAAUCAGUAAUAUUACCGCAUGCGAGGCUGUCGCAGAUGCUGUUCGCUCAACACUUGGCCCACGGGGGAUGGACAAAAUGAUAAUAGCUGACAAUGGGAAGACAACAAUUUCCAACGAUGGGGCAACCAUUCUGAAGCUCUUGGACAUUGUGCACCCUGCAGCGAAAACCCUUGUAGACAUAGCUCGGGCGCAAGACGCUGAAGUAGGUGAUGGUACCACGAGCGUGGUUGUUCUGGCAACGGAAUUUCUGAAGCAAGCGAAACCUUUCUUGGAGGAAGGGGUACACCCCACGGUGAUUAUUCGUGCAUUUAGGAUGGCCGAACAGAUGGCACUGAAGAAGCUUAGCGAGCUGGCCUGUCGCAUUAAAAGUGUCGAUCCAAGUGACCAGCGAGCGUUGCUGGAGAAGUGCGCUGCCACUGCCCUGAGUUCAAAAUUGGUCGCUGGCCACAAAGACUUCUUUGCCAAAUUAACUGUUGAUGCGGUUAGCCAGCUGGACUCGUAUCUUCCUCUCAAGAUGAUUGGGAUUAAAAAGGUUUCAGGUGGGGCUCUCGAAGACUCCAUGCUAGUUACUGGAGUAGCCUUCAAGAAGACUUUCAGCUAUGCUGGUUUCGAGAUGCAACCUAAGUGUUACAAAAACCCGAAAAUUGCACUUCUCAACAUCGAACUGGAACUCAAAGCGGAGAAGGAAAACGCGGAGGUUCGUGUUCACUCUGUAGAGGAGUACCAGAAAGUUGUUGAUGCAGAAUGGAAAAUCUUAUAUGAAAAAUUGGAAAUAUUACAUAAGAGCGGUGUAAAGAUUGUACUGUCCAAACUUCCGAUUGGUGACGUGGCCACACAAUAUUUCGCUGAUCGCGAUAUGUUCUGUGCUGGUCGAGUUCCAGAGGACGACUUGUCACGAACUCAAAUGGCCUGUGGAGGGAGUGUGCAGACAACCGUACAAGGUUUGUCCGAUAGUGCGUUGGGUACGUGCGAAUUGUUCGAAGAGGUUCAGAUAGGAUCAGAGAGGUUUAAUAUUUUCAAAGGCUGCCCAAACGCCCGAACUUGCACGAUUAUUUUGAGAGGUGGUGCUGAACAAUUUAUGGAAGAGACUGAACGUUCCCUUCAUGAUGCAAUCAUGGUCGUUCGUCGGGCAGUUAAGAAUGAUGCUUUUGUCGCUGGUGGUGGUGCUAUCGAGAUGGAGCUCAGUGGUUAUCUGCGCGAUGCGGCGCGUGAAAUUCGUGGUCGAGAACAGCUUCUAAUCACUGCCAUGGCACGAGCGUUUGAGGUGAUCCCUAGACAGUUGUGUGAUAAUGCAGGACUGGACGCGACCACUAUUCUCAAUCAGCUUCGUCACUGCCACGCAAACAAAGCCGAUGGCGACAACAAUGUGUGGUAUGGUGUUGAUAUUGAAAACGAACGCGUCUCCGAUAAUUUCAAGAAUAACGUGUGGGAACCGGCCCUGGUUAAAAGCAAUGCAAUCACAUCUGCCACAGAAGCUGCCUGUUUGAUUCUCAGUGUGGAUGAGACUAUUAAGAAUCCGGAAUCGAAAAAUCCUGCGGAUAAUGCACCAGUUCCUGCUCCGGGCGUUUGUGCCUAGUUUCCCGGUUUAUAUUGUGUGCUGUCACGUUCUGAAUAUAACAGUUGAGUCCGAACU